GGGGUUUACCUUCAAUAUACAAUAGGCGAUGGCACGAGUUUGAGCGCGGUGCAGUAGGGACAGGUGUCCCACGAGAUCGAAUCCUCGGUAACCGUUCUCUGGUAGAUUAAAUUAUUAGCUCCCAAUUUGUAGUCGAAUUCGAUACAAUUCGCCCCGGGUUAACCAGGGUUGAGACGUGGAUGUCAUUUCGAUUAAUUGGAGGAGUACGUUCGACAUAAAACACCAGACAGGUACGUUGCCUUGACGAGGCUGGAUAGAAAAAAAUAGGAGCUGUGCAGCCUACUGUGGAAUGUGUGCUAUGUCUUCGUUACAGAACAAAGUCGUCUGCCGAGCUACCCUACUCGGAUGUAUGUAUAAAACGGAAUGGUGUCAUGUUUGAUGUUGUUCAUGACUUAACGUUCACGACUUAGGACAACUCGACAAUGGAGUCUUUUCUGCAGAUAGCGCCGCACUCCCUGGCCAUCGUAUUGACUCGUAUCGGCAAGGGUGAUUCGACUGGUGUGUCUGAGAGCGACGAACUGCCGCGCCAUCACACCGGCUAUGAGAUUUUUGCGGAUUUUAAAGCUGAGAACACACAGCACGUUUGGAAUCAAAGAAUAUCGGACGCCAUAUCGGACACGUUUUUCCUGGGCUGGAUUGACGAGCACGUGCUGUUGAUCCAGGGUAAAGAGGAUCACCUGGAGGUUCUCAGAGAGGGAUGGAUGAGGAGGUCUCUCAAUCCUCCGCGAGGGUUCCACAUCAAAUAUUUAGGUGAUGUGUCUCCCAUCAGUAUGUCUCCCAUCAGCCAGUCACAGUUCAUCCCUCUGGGGGAGGUGCUGUGCCUGGCCAUUUCGGCCAUGAACUCAGCCCGCAAGCCUGUCACCCAGGAAGCCCUAACAGAACACCUGGCAACAUGUUUCCCAGGUGUGCCCACGCCGACGGCUGAGAUUCUCCAUCACACGCUGAGUAUGCUGGUCCGGGAGAGGAAGAUCUACCCCACACCAGAGGGCUACUUCAUCGUCACGCCCCAGACCUACUUCAUCACGCCCUCUCUCAUCAGGACCAGCUCCAAAUGGUACCACCUGGAUGAGAGGAUACCUGACCGCCAGCAACAACAACAACAGUGUACCUCCCCCCUCUCUGGAACCAUCACCCCUUCCACUUCUGGCUGUGUCAGAGACAGGGCCCAUCCUAAGAACCAUGGAGACUCCUAUAAUAGUUACCGUGACGACCCCCCCAGCCACCACACGACCCUCACCAGGAAGUCCCCUAAGGAGCACCGAGAGGCCUACUCUCCCCACUCCCCUCACUCACCUCACUCCCCUCACACACCCACACAGACCCAGCCCCAGCCUACCUCCACGGAAAAGACCCGGAGCACCCUGAGCUUCCCCUUCAAGUCGGACACCCUGACCAAACACCGUGAGGGGGGCAGCAGCGGGGAGAAGCAGUCCAAGAAGUUUGGCCUCAAGCUGUUCCGGCUGAGCUUCAAGAAGGACAAGACCAAGCAGCUGACCACCUUCUCGGCCCAGUUCCCCCCGGAGGAGUGGCCUCUGCGGGACGAGGAGACGCCCACGGCCGUGCCGCGCGACGUGGAGAUGGAGAUCAUCAGGCGGAUCAACCCGGACCUGACGGUGGAAAAUGUGGCGAGACACACGGCCGUGAUGAAGAGGCUGGAGGAGGAGAGGGCUCAGAGGAGCAAAGCCAGCUCGUCAGCCCAGCACAGUGCACGCAGCAGGAGGAGCCGUGGACACCGCAAGCCCCAAGGUAAGCCGUCACGCUCCCACAGUAAGACCCGCGCCUCCCGGGGAGACCCCUCUGAGGGAUCCAACCUGGACCUGGGGGCUGAGAGGGACUACCGGGCUUACAGCUCCUCCCUGGCGCGCUCGCCACGGGACACCUCCUUCUCCAUGGAGCGCAGCCGUGCCCGACACCUGGCCCACAGCAACCCAAACAUCAUGGAGUCCCACCUGCCCAUCACCCCGGAGUGGGACGUGUCGGGAGAGCUGGCCAAGAGGAGGACGGAGAUGCCCUUCCCCGAGCCCUCACACGGGCCGUCCCACUCCAAGGUGCACCGCAGCCACAGCCACACGCAGGAGAGGAAGUCGCGCAACGAGCGCUCGGACAACAAGGCCAAAGAGCGGUCCCGCUCCAUGGACAACUCCAAAGGGCCCCUAGGGGCCGGGCAGAUUGGGCCCCCGGACUACUUUGAGCGCAGCCCUGAUGAGAGGGACAGAGACAGGAGCCGCUACUACACCGAUGAUGGGACCUUGAGGGCCUCAGCCCAGGCCUCCCAGUACUCCCACUCGCGGGCCACGCCCCCUGCUGCUAAGUUAGCCUCUGACCCCUGUGGGCCCGACGGAGGGAGAACGCUUGAAAAUAACAAAAGUAGAGACCGUUUACCUGCCUACGACAGCCAGAAGGCUUAUUCUCCUAAACACAUGGCUGAUGACUAUUUCCAGUGCAAUGCAUCCACUGAGGCGGUCCUCACUACCCCUAGCCCCUUAGGAAAACCCAAUCACGAUAACUUACCUAAGGUGAAGGUAGGCUGUUCAUCCGACAGACAGACCCCUCAUCCCCCAGAAUACAAAGAGGACACUACAAAGGGACAGAACGGUGUUAGUUUGCCCAUGCCCUGCCAGAUGCCUGAGCCUUUGCCAAAUGGCCGUUCAGUACAGCACCACAACACCAACUCUGGUAGCAUGGACAGGAGGAAGGACAUCUUCAGCAAAGACACUCUAUUCAAACCUCCGCCCAACACGCUGCCCAGCGGAUACGGGGACGGAAGCUACUCCAGGUCGAGCACAUUGAGGAAGACCCCGGUCAUGUCGUCGGCUGAGGUGCUGGACAGCCAGGAGCAGCCGGGCCCCCUGCUAGCUGUGCCCCGGCCCCCCUCCUCUGGCCCCUCAGGGAUGGAGCAGGCUGGCUCGUGCCCGGCCGGGGAAGCCUCCUUCGACUACUACAACGUGUCUGAUGAUGACGAGCUGGAGGACGCCACCUCAGCCAAGCAGGCAGAGCAGGAGCCGAAGUCCCCUGAGGGCUGUGGUGGGGUCGGUGGGGGAGGGGGGGGUACCAUGCAGUGGCUGCUGGAGCGGGAGAAGGAGAGGGACCUCCAGCGUAGGUUUGAGAGGAACCUGACCUUCCCCAACCCCAAGGAGAGUGACCACAACAACCAGAGCCAGCAGUCAGCCCACUCAGCCAGGCUGGACAGCAUGGACAGCAGUAGUGUUACAGUGGACAGUGGAUUUAACUCUCCACGCACACGAGAGAGUCUGGCCUCAAACACCUCCAGCAUCGUGGAGAGCAACAGACGUCAGAACCUGGCUCUGAGUCCCGGACACCUGGGAAUCGCCACGGGCAACGGUCCACCUUUCACCUUCCGGACCAUUCCAGAGCCGCCGCCUACCACCCAACCCGAGAAACUCCAGAAACCCUCAAACUGUUUGGCCUCCAUCACCAGUGUGUGAGUGACAGUGGCAGGAGAGGGAGAUCAAAUGAAGAGGGAGGUGUUGGGUUUGGAUGAGUACAGCUCCUCCACCUCACUGGGGCUGUUCUAGUAUCCAGACUGGCUGACACAACACACACAAGCCCGUUCAGCGACUGGUAUUACAUUGUCAAUCUGUCAUGCAAUGGUUUUGGUUUAGUUUUCCUCAUCUUCUGUUUGUUUUUUUCCACAAAUGUUUGAAUUUGUGAUACUCACUACUACAUUGUAACACCACUUCUCACAAGAGUACAUUUAUAAAAAUAUUUAAAAGCAUUGAUCUUUUUCAAUCCCAUUCUAAACCUUGGAAGAAAAAAAAAACGUCAUUCUACAGGUCCUUUUAGGUUUUUGUUUUUACUGAGCAGUUUUAAUUUAUUUCAUGUGACUGAUUUGACUUUGACCUGCCAGUUGACAUUCUGUCAUUUAUUUUGGUGUCAAAUGUAUAAUUUUAUAAUCUCAGGUCACUCGUAAUUACAUUUUUUUGGCUAUGUGUGGCUGUUGAGCUUUUUAAACAUACUCUUUAGCCCCCUCUGCUGGCUCACAUGAGGCUCUGACACAAUGCGAUGCAUACAUAGCCCUGCUUGCUAGACUUUACCUGACCCCUCUGCCAUAAGGCCUACAUAAUGCUUUCAUGAUAAUAUAACAUGCAAUAAACCGUUAUGUCAGCUCAUGACGACUGAUUUACAGCUGCCCUAACAGAAACCGUUGUUUAGGCUUGUUAAUUGUCUGGCAAUACAUCUAGACAAUUAGCAUACCUGAGUAAUGGUUUGUGUCAUGACUGUGUCAAGUGACAUAAGCAGCUGUCAUUAUGGUUUAUAAUGCUAUGACAUUAUUAUGACAGUCUUACGAAGGGUUCAAGUGACAUGUUAUCCUAGUGAUGUUAGGAGUGCAACAUGUCCAGUCCAUCCAACCUCUCUGUAGGGUACUAUUGGUGUACCAGAGUAGCCCUCUGUUCCGUGGUACUGAACCCAGCCCUGACGCUGCUGUAGUCUAGAUUAAAAAAUCCAAGUGUUUGAACUGGGCUCUUAGAGCUAAUGUUUACAUAGAAUCAGGUCUCUCAGCACAUUUUGGUACAUUGUAAAUACAGAUUAAGGAAAGGCCUCAAUGCCCGACAGGGAUUGAGUUUCUAAGCAGUACCACACGGCAGUCAUGGCCAACAAUGGAAAAACCAAACUUUUAUUUUUAUUGGAUUAAAAAUGUCACACUAUUCCUGGUGCUAUUACCUGUGGUAUUUUCCUGUUGAAUGCAUUCGAUGUUCAAAUUAACAACAAGGGACUUUUGAAUAUGGACAACGUCGAAAACCAUCCCCUUUAUAGAGGCAGAUAAGGUCCUCUCUCCCCACCCCUCUGAGUUGUUUUCAUAUUUGACCCUAUGUUGUCAGAUUCUCUCUAGUACAACUACCUCCACAACAGUAGAGUAGUGGCUCUCCUCUUACAAAUCACUGUCAACAGCCUGUAUCCUGUGAAUGUCAAUGUUAAAGCCCUAGAAAUGACUCACACACAAAGACCAUGUCAAAGUGCUGGACUGACUCUCCUAUUGUCAUUCUCACGACAACAGAGCUCACAUGUAUGCGCUACUUGACUAUUUAGCCCCUCUCUCUGUCUGAGUUUAUUAGAGGUGUUCUUCUCACGCAAUUCUCACUUUUUGACUCUCACUUCCCCCAACAGAAAUGUAAUAAUUUCUGUGCAGUUUGAUUAGAGGGGGGGGUUCUCCUCUCCUCUAUUUAAUGAUGUUAAGGAUAUCAAAGGUGACCUCAUAGCACAGCAUUUCCGUAGGAUACAUCACUGUCCUCUCAGCACUGUGUACCAUCAGUAUCCAUGUCUCAUACAGUGUGAUGAUGAGCCUAUGAAGGGAGUGGUGUCAACCUUGUCACUUUGGUAGUACAGUUCCAGUCCAAUGACAACGCAUUGAAAAGGUCCAUUUUCAGUUUUUGUGAGCUCUUUUCAAAUAAUGAUCAACAUCAUCAAUUCCCUCUGAAAUCAAAAGGGAGAAUUGCAGCCAAGACUGCCUUGUAUUGUCAUGUUUGCACUGAAAUAAAUGCCUGUUCUCUGGUUGCUGUAAAAGCCAUCCAAGAAGGAUGUUCUGUUUAUAUUGAAAAUAUUUCAUAUGAAAUUCUGACAGUCCAUGAAAUGUCUUCCCUUAACAUUGCGGAUUUAUAAUGGAGUUCAAUAACGUUGUUUCUAAUUGUGACGGUAUGUCAUACUGUAGAUGAUCUUGGUCUGUCAUGCUUAGUAAAAUAAUGUCAACAAUAAGAGGGAUUUUUUAUGUCUAUAAUAUCUAAGUCCCUUUUUGUGUAGUCAUGGUGUUUACUGUUGUUCUAGUGUGUGUGAUAUAACCUUUGGGGAUUGUUACUUUUUAAGAUAAUAAAAUAACAUGUUUGGUUAUA